AUGGAAAGAAUUUUAUCGUCAAUAGGGCGACUAAGUGUAUUUGCAGGUGGGUUGAGUUUAAUUCCAUACACAUUUGUAUAUGAUGUUGAUGGAGGGGAAAGAUGUGUAAUGUUCAAUAGAUUUGGGGGUGUAAGUGAAAAAACAUAUGGAGAGGGAAGUCACUUUUAUUUUCCUUGGUUUCAAACUCCAUAUAUAUAUGAUAUAAAAAUGAAACCUAAAGUAAUAAAUACAACAACAGGUACUAAAGAUUUACAAAUAGUUACACUAAGUUUAAGGCUAUUAUUUAGACCUCAUACAAAACAUUUACCAUAUUUACAUAGUACUUUAGGACCAGAUUAUGAUGAGCGUGUAUUACCAUCGAUUGGUAAUGAAGUAUUAAAAGCCGUUGUGGCUAGAUAUAAUGCUGAAUCUUUAUUAACACAAAGAGAUACAAUUUCUAAAGAGAUAAGAGAAAGUAUUACAGCAAGAGCCAAACAGUUUAAUAUUGUUUUAGAUGAUGUAGCUAUUACUCAUUUAAGUUAUGGUAAAGAAUUUGCUAAAGCUAUUGAAGAUAAACAAGUAGCACAACAAGAAAGUGAAAGAGUUAAAUUUAUUGUUGCAAAAACUGAGCAAGAAAAAAUUGCUGCUGUUAUUAAAGCAGAAGGAGAAGCAGAAGCUGCAAAAUUAAUUUCUACAGCUGUAAAACAAUAUGGUAAUAGUUUGUUAGAAAUAAGAAAAUUAGAAGCAGCUAAAGAAAUAGCAGAAAAUUUAAGUAAGUCUAAAAAUGUUACUUAUUUUCCAUCAUCAUCAAAUAUAUUAUUAAAUCCUAAAAGCCUUUAA